UCAAGUUUAGGGUGGUAAUUUGUAAAAGACUGAACAGACAAAUUGUUAAUUCAGUAUGAGUGAGGAAAAGCCUUUUGUGUGUUUAUAUUGCAAUAAGAGAUUCAAUUGGAAGCACAACCUGAAACAGCAUCUGAGGAAUCACACAAAUGACAAGCCAUUCGAAUGUUCAUAUUGCGAAAAGAAGUUCAGAUGGAAGCACAACCUGUCGCAGCAUCUCCGGAACCACACAGGAGACAAGCCGUUUGAGUGUUCUUCUUGCAACAAGAAGUUUGACUGGAAGCACAACUUGGAGACUCACAUGAGGACUCAUACGGGGGAAAAGCCCUUCAAGUGCUCCUACUGCAACAAGGACUUCAGCCAGAAGGGUCAUUUAAAGGAGCACUGGAGAUUACACACUGGUGAGAAACCUUACGAGUGUACAUAUUGCGAAAAAAAAUUCUAUGCAAAGUCAUGCCUGACAAAGCAUCUAAAACUUCACGAAAGUAGUGAGGUUUUCCAGUGUUCGUAUUGUGAUGAAAAAUACUCUGUGAAACGGGACUUUAGAAAACACUUGAAAACUCAUGGAAUUAAAAAACCUAAACAGCUUCAUAAGUGUCCACAUUGCGACAAAGAAUUAACACAGAAAUGUCACUUGCAACGACAUUUAAGAAUACACACAGGCGAGAAACCUUUCUCAUGUUCAUAUUGUGGAAAGAAAUUCAUCCAGAAAAGUUCUCUGAACCAGCAUGAGAAACUUCAUAGAAAUGAGAAGCCUUAUGUCUGCACACUUUGUGAUAAACGUUUCAGCCAAAAUUGUCAUUUGAAACUCCACAUCAGAGUUCAUACUGGCGAAAGGCCAUUUUCAUGUUCGUUUUGUGAUAAGAAGUUUAUUGGAAAGUCAAAAAUUACAAGUCAUAUGAAAAGUCACAUGAACAAGAAAAGAAUGCAAUGUUCACUCUGUGAUAAGAGUUUUACUACGGAGACGGGCACUGGCUCAUCAUAG